UAAAAAAGUAGAAAUGAAAUCACUCUAUUAUCUUCUACUACUCAACCAAACACAACUUAGACAGUUGUUAUAAAUCGGUAAAAUUGCAAUAUUUCCCCACAACAGCAGUGCUGUUCUGUAUUCCCAAAUUGCCACCCUGUUCUGCGUACUCGUCGAAACGACGAUAACCACACGUCUCGAAACCCUAAGGCUGCCCCAAAUUGUUAUCCCAAACCCUAGACCUAAACGGCUCCAUGCUGUGAGACCACCAACAGUGUCCAUGGCUCUGGACGCCCCGGUGGAGCGACGGGACGAGGUACAGAUCGCGAUGGGGAACGGAAACGGCGUGGCGCCGUCUCAACCGUCGCGGCCAGCCGGUCGGCCAACGGCUGCUGCGGCGGCAGCGCCAUACGCGGACAGGCGGCUGCGGCUGAACCCAAAUGCGGAUCACAAGCCGGAAGACUACAGCGACGUGCGCGGCGAGUACGCGCCGGCCGUGUACAGCGCACUCGAGCGGCAUCUCCCACCCAGCCUCAUCGAUGCCGACCGCGAUGUCAAGCUACACUUCAUGCGGGACAUUCUCGCGCGCUACUGGCCGCAGGGCGAGCGUAACAAGGUGCAAAGGCACAGAGAAUAUAGGCAGAGGAUACUCCACCUUUACAAGCCUCUUCAUGAAGAAUUAUACAAUAUGCAUCCUUCAGUGUUCUUCUUACCAACAUUCCUUGAAGCAGUUAGGAGCAAUACAGAAGAAUGCUUUAGAAGUAUUAUGACUGAGCCAAUUCCUGGUGUUUAUUCGUUUGCUAUGUUGCAGCCUACUUUCUGUGAGAUGUUAUUGGAGGAGGUAGAGAACUUUGAAAAAUGGGUCCAUGCUAUGAAAUUUAAGAUAAUGAGGCCUAAUACAAUGAACAAGUAUGGUGCUGUCCUUGAUGAUUUUGGCCUGGAAGCUAUGCUGAACCAGUUCAUGGAACAGUUCAUAGCUCCAAUUUCUAAAGUUCUUUAUCCUGAGGUUGGUGGAGGAACAUUGGACUCCCAUCACGCUUUUAUUGUUGAAUAUGGGAAAGACAGGGAUGUUGAACUAGGUUUUCAUGUUGAUGAUUCAGAAGUUACAUUAAAUGUUUGCCUUGGAAAACAAUUCUUUGGUGGUGAAUUAUACUUUCGAGGUAUUCGGUGUGAGAAUCAUGUGAAUUCAGAGACACAACAUGAGGAAAUGUAUGACUACACACAUAUUCCUGGUUGGGCUGUACUCCACCAUGGUCGACACAGGCAUGGUGCUCGAGCUACUUCAUCUGGUCUCAGAAUAAAUCUGCUUUUGUGGUGCCGGAGCUCUGUGUUCAGAGAGAUGAAGAAAUACCAGAAGGAUUUUCCGAGCUGGUGUGGUGAAUGCCAGCGCGAAAAGAGGGAAAGGCAGAGUCAGUGUGUUAAAGCAACGAAGAUGGCCUUUCUCAGGGGUUCUGGAGGUGCAGCGAUUUAAUUUGUCGUAGGUCAUUUAUGUUAUAUACUGUUUUGCGUCAUACUGAACUUCAUCGUUUAGGACUUGACAGGGGCAUUGUAUCGAUGGCCAGCUUUGUGCUAGUGCGUUUAUUGGUGCGAUCCCAGUUGUAUGUAAAUGUAAACAUUGACCAAAUGCAGCCGAAAGAAAUGUAAUAGCGGGUCAUAAACUGCUAUGAAUUUGGAUACUUUUGUUGCCAAAAUUGAUAAAUUGGAACGCCAAUAGCUUGGCGUGAUUAUUGAUUAGUCUCA